UCCAAGCAGCGAGCGCAAUCCGAUCCAGCGCCGCCGCCGCCGCCGCCGCCAAACCCUCCUGCUCACGUCGCCGUAGAGGAGAAGAUGGCCGGGUGGAAGGGCCAGAGGAAGAAGGCCGUGACGCGAUCCGUCAAGGCCGGGCUCCAGUUCCCGGUCGGCCGCAUCGGGCGCUACCUCAAGCAGGGCCGCUAUGCGCAGCGCAUCGGGUCGGGCGCCCCCGUCUACCUCGCCGCCGUCCUCGAGUACCUCGCCGCCGAGGUCCUGGAGCUGGCCGGCAACGCGGCCAAGGACAACAAGAAGACCCGCAUCAUCCCGCGCCACCUGCUGCUCGCGAUCCGCAACGACGAGGAGAUCGGCAAGCUGCUCACCGGCGUCACCAUCGCCCACGGCGGCGUGCUGCCAAACAUCAACCCCGUGCUGCUCCCCAAGAAGACCGCCGAGAAGGCCAACAAGGAGUCCAAGUCGACCAAGAAGAAGAAGAAGGCCGCCGCGGAGUCCCCCGAGAAGGCUGCUGAGGACACCGCCACGGCGACCGAGGAAACCGCCGCCGCCGAUGAGGAGUAGCGAGCCUAUAGGCUCCAUGCAUAGGAUCGGAUCGUGUCGAUGAGUUGCGUCCUGUAUGUAAUGUUGUUUCAUGGUUGUCCUUGUCUGUAGUAUCGCUUGAUCGAUCCGGGCGUCUUGCUGAACUGUUUCGCCUCCAUUCAGUCUUUACCAUGUCAUGAAUCUGAUCCUUCCGCGUU